GGCAAAGCAACCCCUUCAAAAUAAAAAAAGAACGAGAAGAAGUCAAAGAAACGGAAAUGGAAUUUCUGAGAAUGAAUCGGAGAAGGGAUGAAUUGAUAACUGUGGGGGAGGAGGGAGUGCGAAGAGCUCGGAGUUGGCGGAGCAGAUGAGUUGUAUGGUUGAGAAGAGGAACAAUGACCCUCAAUUUGCGGAGGUGCUCGAGAAUGGGGCUGAGGCGGAGGAGAACCCGAAUUCGAUUUCCAAUUUUCGGAUUUCGGAUCCACUGAGAGAGGCGUUGAAGGCGAAGGGAAUUGAAUCACUGUUUCCUAUUCAAGCCACCACUUUCGAUACCAUUUUGGAUGGGUGCGAUUUGGUUGGACGUGCUCGGACUGGUCAGGGCAAAACCUUGGCCUUUAUCUUGCCUAUUUUGGAGUCUUUAACAAACGGACCUGCCACAGCCACAAGAAAGACUGGAUAUGGGAGAGCUCCAAGUGUUCUAGUUCUCUUACCCACUAGAGAAUUGGCUCUUCAGGUUUUUGCUGAUUUUGAAUUUUAUGGCGGUGCAUUGGGGCUGUCAUCAUGCUGUUUGUAUGGAAGCUCUCCCUAUGCUCCCCAACAAAUUAAAUUGAAAAGAGGGGUUGAUAUUAUAGUGGGUGCUCCUGGGAGAAUCAAGGAUCUCAUACAGAAAGGAAAUAUUGAUUUGGCCUCUCUACAGUUUCGUGUCCUUGAUGAAGUUGAUGAAAUGCUGAGAAUUGGUUUCGUUGAGGAUGUUGAAUUUAUUCUAGGGAAGGUAGAAGAUCAAAGACAAGUUCAAACACUUCUUUUCAGUGCUACUUUGCCAGAUUGGGUGAAACAUAUUGCGGCUAAGUUUCUCAAACCUGAUAAGAGAACCAUAGACAUUGUUGGAAAUGAGAGAAUGAAGGCCAGCACUAGUGUAAGGCAUUUGAUCAUUCCUUGCUCUAGUUCAGCCAGAUCUCAUCUUAUUCCUGAUAUCAUUCGGUGCUAUAACAGUGGGGGUCGCACUAUUGUUUUCACUGAAACAAAGGAUUAUGCUUCUGAGCUCGCUGCCUUGCUGCCUGGUGCUCGUCCUUUACAUGGUGAUAUACAACAGGCCCAACGUGAGGUUACACUUUCUGGAUUCAGAUUAGGCCAGUUCAUGACCUUAGUGGCGACAAAUGUGGCAGCUCGUGGACUAGACAUUGAUGUCGCGCUUGUAAUCCAGUGUGAACCUCCACGUGAUGCGGAGGAUUAUAUUCAUCGAUCUGGAAGGACCGGAAGGGCAGGUAAUAGUGGGGUUGCUGUCAUGUUUUACGAUCCAAAAAAGUCAAAUAUUUCAAAGAUUGAAAAGGAAUCUGGUGUGAAAUUUGAGCAAGUAGCUGCUCCACAACCAGCUGACGUUGCCAAAAUUGUUGGCAUAGAAGCAGCAGAAGAAAUUGCUGCAAUCUCUAAUAGUGUUAUACCUGCCUUCAUAGCAGCAGCUGAGAAUUUGAUGAAUACCUCCAAUCUCUCUGCUGUAGAACUACUUGCAAAGGCACUUGCAAAAGCAUCAGGGUAUACGGAGAUGAAGAGGCGCUCACUUCUUACUUCAAUGGAGAACUAUGUAACUCUACAUCUUGUGAGUGGGGGGCCUGUGUAUUCACCUUCCUUUGUAUAUAGUUCCUUGAAGAGGUUCUUACCUGAAGUAAUUGUUGAGUCGAUCAAAGGCCUUACAUUGACGGUGGAGGGUGGGGCAGUGUUUGAUGUGUGUGCUGAAGAUGUAGAAACAUUUCUAGCUGGUGUGAAAAAUGAAUAUGAUAUAAGGCUGGAGAUUGUAAAAGCAUUGCCAAGGUUGCAAGAAAGAGACAAGUCACGGGGUGGAAGAUAUGGAACUAACGGAAGUGGUCGCAGCAGUGGCUUUUCUGAUCGCAGAGGAGGCGGUGUUCGUUUCUCGGGUGGAAGAGGGACCUUUUCUGAUAGACAAAGUGACUACAAGUUUGGUAGAGGAAAAGUUCGCAAAUGGUGAAGGAAUAAUAACAAUAUACAACAGACAACAGAUUUUAGCAGAGGACGACAGAUGGUAUAGGAAAAGUUCGCAAAUGGUAGAGGACGACAGACAACAGAUUUUAGCAGAACAUUUUUCUUCCCUUAGGAACCUUAUAACUGGGUAUACCGAGACCGGUUUUAGCUUAUUGAAAAAAACGGAUAAGGGCACAUCUAGAUCUAUGCUUGUCCAAUUUUGAAGAAGUAUUACGUUUGUGACCCUGAGCGGUUCAAAUCACAAUAUUUAGUAAAACCGACUAAACUAUUCAAGAUUCUGUGUAUUUAUGACCGUUUUGUUUUGGUAUAGAAGUGAUUAUAAUAUUAGAUC